AUGUACCGGCAGAUUUGGGUGCAUCCGGAGGACCGUGACCUUCAACGGAUUUACAGGAGGAUAGGCAACCGAGUCCAGGAGUUCCACCUUAACACGGUUACUUACGGCCUGGCCAGUGCACCCUACUUGGUUGUUCGAACGUUGCGUCAGCUUGUCGAGGACGAGGGUGAACGCUUUCCUCGAGCCGCUGAGGCCCUGCGGCGGGACACGUAUGUGGACGAUGUGCUGUCCGGGGCUUCCUCUCAGCUCGAGACCUGCGAGCUGCGCGAGCAGCUGACUCAGUUGUGCUUGGCGGGCGGCUUCCGCUUGCGCAAGUGGCUCGCCAAUCAUGAAGACCUGCUGCGCGACAUCCCCGCUGAGCACCGGUCGUCGCUGCCGUCGACGGUCGCGUUGACGUCGGAGGAGCACGACGUCCUGGGGAUACGUUGGCUUCCCGCUGAGGACAACUUUGCUCCAACUGUCAAGAGCAUGACAGAGGAGCUGGUCACCAAGCGCACGGUGAUGAGGCAAACCGCGCGUCUCUUCGACCAGCUGGGCUGGCUCGCCCCGGUCGUAAUAAAUGCUAAACUUCUCAUUCAGGCGGCGUGGCUACGGCGACUUGACUGGGAUGCCCCCCUUGCUGCAGACGACGUGGAGUGUUGGCGACGGUUGCGGACGGAGCUGCCCGUCCUGGAGGAGAUCCGCAUUCCGCGCUGGUCACGUGCGGAUUCUCCGGGUGCGAUUAUUGAGAUGCACGGUUUCGCCGAUGCGUCGGAACGCGCCUACGGAGCAGUUUUAUAUCUCCGCACAAUCGCGGACGGCAGGGCGUGUCUGACGCUGCUGAUCGCCAAGACGCGAGUCGCGCCGCUCAGACAGGUCUCCCUUCCGCGACUGGAGCUUUGCGCAGCUGCUCUGUUGGCACGGCUCGCGACUCACACCGCUUUCGUCCUAACCCUAGAUGGAGCGGCGGUUCACCUUUGGACGAACUCCACAGUCGUUUUGGGAUGGUUUCAAGGACAUCCCACGCGAUGGACGACCUUCGUGGCAAACAGGGUCGCCGAGGUUCAGGGUGCAGUGCCGGACGCGCACUGGCAUCACGUACCGGGGCGGAUCAAUCCGGCCGAUUGCGCAUCACGAGAAAUGUCACCCCUGGAGUUGCGAGCGCACGAGCUGUGGUGGCGGGGACCUCAGUACCUGUGGGCGAGCUCUGCUGCUUGGCCCGCCGAGACAGCGGUGGCCUUGAGUCGUGGACUGCCUGAGCAGCGAGCUGCUCGGGUCCACACCGCUUGCGAGGAGGAAGAACCAGAGGAGCUGAAUCGCUUCUCCUCGUUGCGUUGUUUGCUUUGGGUGACCGCCUGUAUGCGCUGCUGGCUGACGUUGGCAGCUUCGCGUGCCGACUUGACGCGGGGAGCAGUGCUCUCGGCUACUGAGCUGGCUGACGCUCGGGCCAUGUGGAUCCGAUGCGCGCAGAGGAUUGCCUUCCGAGACGAGAUUAAGGCUCUGUCGAGGGGGCGUAUCGAGCGCUCUCGGGGUGUCCACUCCGGUUGCUGA